AUCAUGUUUAACAUAUAUACCUAUGUAACUAUCAUCUGGCAAAAUAUUUAAUUUACCUUAUACAUGCAUAUUUCAAGUGCAAAUUUGAAUAAAUAGAAUUGCAAUGCGCAUUUAGCAUUCUAGUCCAGUCUUAUUAACACGUGGAGGUGAUAAAACCCAAAGUUAAAUGUAUAAAGUGUUUACUGUUUUUGCAGUCAUUAUUUUAAUGAUUGCCACAAGAAAAGUGCUGGCCGAAGAAAUCAUGAAGAUACCUAUGGGUCUGGUGCUUGAGGCAGUCGAACCGUAUGCCAUGAACUGUGAGCCUAAGCCUGAAAAAGCACAUAUGGAAGAGCUUAUCUUGAAUAAAGAGGACGCGCACCUUAUAACGAAAUGUUUACGUGGCUGCCUCAUGGAACAAUUUGGAUUAUUCGUAGAAGACCGCACUGAUGUAAACUCGGAGAAGCUAGUGAGCUGGAUGGUACUUUUGUAUGUCGAAAAAAUGGAUGAACUCAUAGAUAUAUCGAAUGGCUGUAAUGAGAAAAAUGUUGAAAUGGGCAUUACUGAUAAAUGCGAAGUUGCGCAUUCGUUUGCCAUGUGCAUGCUGAAAGAAAUGAAAGAGCGCGAGUAUGAGAUACCCGAAGUGGAAUAAUGAGUGGCAUAAGUUAUUGGAAAAUUGUUAUACUUUCGUAAUAAAAUGUAUGUAAUUUUCAGCAUUCGAAAUAUUAUUUUCAAAUCUAUAUGCUUAUCAAUAUAACUUGUACAAAUUUUAUAUUCAAUGAAAACAUUUUGCUAGUGAGCCUACAAAUAUUUACUUAAAUAUAUAUACAUAUAUAUAUAUA